AUGUUGAAAAGGUUAAAGAAGUUUUAUGAAAAAGAGAAUUUUGACUUCUCCAGCGGCUAUGUCGACCCUUUCGAGUUUCACAGAACUUGUUACAUUUUUCUCAAAGCAUUUCAAGUUUGGGACGCCCCGAUUCCAAAAUGGACUUACUUUCUGCAAACGUUGGUUCUCUUCUGCGGGCUAAGUGCACUUUCGUUAUUAAGUCUCGCCUUGUACCACGGAGCAGAUUCGAAAGAUAUAGGUUUUAUGACCGAAGCUGGGACAUACGAGCUAAUCAUGUAUUAUAAGCUAAUCAUUCUGUCGUGUACUAAACUGAAUAUCGAAGAUUACCAUCUCAUGCUAAGACUUGCUAGAGAAGAUUUUCAAUACGUUUGUGAUAAGGGACUUAGAUAUAGAAGCAAAUUUUUUGACAACCAACUAAAGACUUGGAAAAUUUGUCUCUUCAGUAUUUUGUUUAUAGCCGGCAUCGGCUUAGGCAUGAUGCUAUCGUCCAUCAUUGCAUUUAUUUGGUAUUUGGCUUACCACGAUCCAGAAUCUGUUAAGAAAAGGCCUCUGCCGUUUCCAUUUUGGGUGUUUAGUUUGGAUUUUGGGAAGUCGCCGCUCUACGAAAUUUGUUUAUUAUACUCAAAUAUAUGUAUUGCGGCUUAUUCAUUUAACUAUAUUUUCAUGAUGCAGAUCCAAAUAUUAUGGAUUGGUCAAAUAGCAGCUAAGGCCGACUUAGUUAUUUGGAGUAUUGAAGAUUUAAUGGAAGGAAUUCGCCCGGCAGUCAACAGAGAGGAGAAAGAUUAUUUUUCAAGUUUACUCAAAGUUCGUUUGCAGGAAAUCGUGAGGUUGCAUCAGUCUAUGAUCACGUAA